ACGACGCUUAUCCCAGAAUGCAUUGCAAUACAAACUGCACGCGCGAACUAUGUGCUCCGUAGUUAGGUAAAUGUUGUAAUCUACGCAGUUUAAACCUUCCUGUCGCAUAAAGUGAAGCUAAAGAGACCAGUAAUGACCACAAGCAACAACUGCUCAGUUCUUAAAGAUGUCGUUGCCUAUGUUGAUGUGUGGUCAUCAGACAAAACAGCAAACUAUUCUAAACCAUUCGUUCAGCAGCUGCUGGAAAUGGGAGCUCAGGUAUCAAAAGCAUUCAAUAAACAAGUCACACAUGUAGUCUUCAACAACGGUCACCCAGCUACAUGGAGGAAAGCCAAGAAAAGGGAUGUAAGGCUUGUCUCUGUUCUCUGGGUAGGCAGAUGUCACGAUGAUGGUGUGCGUGUGGAUGAGGAGUUGUUUCCAGCCUUUAAUGAUGACAGCAAUCCUGUGUUGAAGAACAAGAGACAUCGUUGCAUGCAGCCAAAAGAUUCUCCAGAGAGGACACCUGAAAACGACAGACGCAUGAGGAAAAAAUUAGACAAGAUGAUGAAAGACCUCGCUCCAAAACAACCUCUCGUUACGGAUGUGUCGCCCAUCAUUAUUGAUGAGGAGAAUGGAAUAGUCUACAGCCCUGCUUUGAAAAGAUCCGCUUAUAUGGCACAACGUUUGAAAGACAUGAAAGAGAAACGGGAAAACCUCUCACCCACAGCUUCACAAAUGGUUGAAUCCUGCUCACCCACUGGCCUGAAGCCUUCUCUUGGGAGCACACCAAGCGUCUUCAAACUAAUGUAUGACCAGUCGGAUGAUGAUUCCAGUGUUUCUGUCGCCGAACCUGCUUACUCACCUGACAAGGAAGAAGGGAGAACACAUAUUGAUGUCACUGACCAUGACGAACAACGCCACAGGAAAGAUUCCAAAAGGCCACGGCUCUCACUCUGCCACGAUGUGCCAAAAUGUAUUUCAAGUCCUGCGAGUCUUGUGAAAUGUCUUGACUUCAAGGACGAAGAAGAAGGGACUGGACAAAAGAAGUCAAGAAAGACCUCAGUCAGAAAAAAAAAGGCAGAGAAACACAAAUCCGUAGGUUUAUCAGAAAGUCUCUGCGAGGAUAGGAGAUCUGAUAAGGGCAAGGACUUUCAUAAAGAAAGAAGGCGUUCACAGAUAAAAUCAUCAAGUCCAUCACCUAACAAAACUGAAAAGGGAAAGGGAAAAAUUAAAGCAGCUAAAUCCUUUUCAGAGACUAAGACCCAUUUUUGUUCUGACGCUGCGAACUCUUCUAGCUGCCUCUCGUCACCAGCCAAAUUAGGUGACGCUGCAGUUGAACUGACAAAAAAAACUGUUAAAUCAUUACAGAAAAUACCCAAACGAGCCAGACCGUCACGUUCUAGCUCGGUACAAUCUCUCACUGUAUCCAGAGACCCUAAAAAUGUUGCCUCAUGUUCCACUGAUGGAGACGAUAAUGUGUUUGAGGACUAUUUCUCCCCAGCUAACCACCUCCCUAGAUCAAAAAGACCUCCUUUGCCUAAUCUACCUUUUGAGAGAGACAUUCAGAUUCCUUUUGUGUUGGACUCUGUCCCGAAGAAGAGAAAACUAAGAAGAAGUGAAAGCAUUGGAUCUGAAACUAACAGUAAAAAGAAGAAGAUACUGGAAAAAAAUCAGCAGUCUGAUGCAAGCAAUGAGCCUCAAAGUCAUCCACAACAGGAUGUUAAAGAAUCUCUGCCUGCAUUGGAGAGUCCAAGUGCCGAUGUAACACUCGCGGUAAAAAGGCGAAGACAAAGCACGUUGCCAUUUACAAGCACCAGCUCAACUACAAGUGAGGCAGUGAGACAGAGAAGAGCAUCUACAUCAGUACAACCAACAAUGUCAACAGAGGCUAACACAAUAUCGGAGCUGCAGCAAAACUCUGUCAAUGUUUCUCAUACCUUGGAAAGUAGAGGAAAUGCACGUACAGUUGCAGCUGGUUUAACAGAGAUCCCCUCUGAAGACGAAGAAGAAAAUCACAAUAAGCAAGCCAGCUUGAGUCUUCAGAACACGGUUAACAAAACAAAGGCUAUGAGAACGUUGGUCAUGACGAGCUUGCCCACUGAGAAGCAGCACACAUUGGUUCAGGUGGUGACGACACUGGGUGGUUUUUCAAUCGUUGACCGGGUUUGUGAGAGCACAACUCACGUAGUGUCUGGGAGUCACCGGCGGACUCUCAAUAUUCUGUUGGGCAUAGCUCGUGGCUGCUGGAUCCUAUCUUUUGAAUGGAUCCUGUGGUGUUUGGAGCAAAGGCAGUGGAUUCCAGAGGAACCAUAUGAACUUUCAGACCAAUUUCGUGCAGCACAGAUCUGUCGUCUCCAGAGGCACCUGUCUGCCGGGGAGCAUCAGCAGGACCUGUUCCAAGGCCAGCCAGCCAUGUUUGUGUCCCAGCACUCCCAGCCACCCACUCAGAGUCUGCUGGAGCUGAUCCAGCUCUGUGGAGGAACAGUCUGCAAAACCGUGCGGCAGGCGGGUAUCUGCAUCGGGAAGUACGGUGGCAGGAGACCAGAGGGAUGCAGGAUCCUGUCUGAGCAGUGGGUGCUGGAUAGUAUCACACAUUUGGAGCGGCUGUCAUAUGAUAACUACGACUUGGAGUGAAAGUGAAAACUAAACUAUGAACUAAACUAUGGACAGUGCCUGGUCACAUACCCUCGGUUUCUACCUUGCUCUUGGGCAGGUUUAUCAUCUUGCAUGUGUUCAGGGGCAUUAUGUAAAUCCUCAAUCCUUCAAAGAACUUUAGUCCCCAGUUACCAUGGAAACAUGUUACUUCUGAGGACUACCAACCCCGGUCAACAACAACGACCCGAGUUACUGUGAAACAUGGGAAAUUGCUUUGACAGUGCAUAUUGAUCCUUUAUUUUCUUUUUCAGUACUAACCACUACUGUGUAACGGUGUGUUUUUCUUUUAACAACAAGACAGAUUUGAGAUUGUUUUUCAUUUAUAACAAUGUGAUUUUAAAAAUACUGAGCCAGUUUAACACUCUAAUGGAGAUGACAUACUCUAUCCUUAUAGAAAUGUUUUGUGAUGUCAGUGUUAAUAAAUACUUAAGUUUUGAUCAUCAA